AUGAAACUUGUUGUGUUCGAGGUGGUUUCAGUUGAAGAGGCAACUCUAGCUGUUGCAUUGGCACAAAAGUUUAACCAAGUUAAAUGUUGCUUGAUGGUUGGUCAAGAAGGGCAUGUAAUGGAAGCUAAAUUGUGUAAUGAAUUGGGUGUUACUAUUAUUGAUGAGCAUGAUCAAUCAAUUGUUGAUGAACAUUCCUUCUCAAAAAGCACUGAAUCACUCUCCAAUAUUACAUUCAUUAAUCCAGCCAAUACCUUCCCAGAAGCACUCAGAAACAUUGCUAAAGGAGCCAAAAUUAUUAGGACUCACUUUGGAGAGAUGGCUUCAAUCAUUCACCAACUCAGGAACAUUACUAUGGGUGCACUGAAUAUUGUGAAACUUAAUGAUGAGCAAUUGGAUGAAUUUGCUCGGAGAGAGUUUGUUCCAAAGGAGUUAUUGUUCAAGAUCAAAGAAGAAGGCUUUACAGUGCCAUUACUAGCGUAUGGUAAUAUUAAUUCACCAGCUGAUGUUUCUCUUCUCUGCCAACUUCCUAAUGUGAAUGGAAUCAUAAUUGCUAAUGAAAUAUUCAAGAUGAAGAAUAGUUUUAGAACAAUGCAUAGUCUUGUUGCUGCAGUACUUUUCCAUGACAAUCCAUCCAAGCUAUUGGAAAUUAGUACCACUUUUCCUUCACAUCAACAACAACUAGAUAUUAAAGGAAACUUUACGGAGGCUUUGCCUGAGAAGAUGAGCCCUCUUUUCCAAACAAUUGCCUCUCCAACACAAUCCACAUAUCAUCAGGACCAAAUAGUAGAAGAGGAUUCCAAAAUGUUGUCAGAUAGCAGCAAUUUCCUUCCCAACAAUGACUUUAUGUGA